AUGAGUGUGGACGCUAAAAUCGUUAUAAUAGGAUGCGGAAUAGCAGGUAUAGCCGCUGCACAGCGCCUUCAUAAAUAUGGUUUUCGCAAUUUGCGCAUUCUGGAAGCCACGCAAAGAAGCGGAGGGAGGAUAAAAACUGGAAAACUGGGUAAUAACAUCAUUGAGAUUGGGGCAAACUGGAUCCAUGGCCCGUCUGAGGAGAACCCAGUAUUUUGUCUGGCUCGUCACUACGGACUUCUGGAUCCAGAGGCCCUCACCCCUGAGAACCAGGCUAUAGAUGUAAAAGAACAUCCGCCUUGGAUUUCCAUCUGGUUUACCAGUUCAGGACAGAAGCUGAAUGCUGAAGACUGUUAUCUUGCCCAGGAAUUGUUUUUUGAACUGCUUCAGGAGAGUUCAGAAUUUCACCAUCAGGGAGGUGAACCAUGUCCCAGUGUGGGUGAUUUCAUACGGUCAGAGGCACGGAAGCGAGCCGCAGAGAGGUGGACAGAUGAGAUGAGCAGGGCUCUGCGACUGUGUGUGAUCAGUAACAUGCUGAAGGUGGAGUGCUGUGUUAGUGGGACUCACACUAUGGAUGACGUGGGACUGGGAGCCUUUGGCCUGUACAAAACUCUGCCUGGAGUGGACUGUACAUUCUCACGCGGUUAUGAAAGCCUAAUCGACAACUUGAUGUCAGAGCUGCCAGGUGAUAUAGUGACCUACAGACGACCCGUCCACUGUGUCCACUGGAAUAACACAGAGAAGAGACAAAGUCCUGUGGUGAUUGAAUGUGAUGAUGGAGAGAGAAUUGCUGCUGAUCAUGUUAUUGUCACAGUGCCUCUAGGAUACCUAAAGAGGCACCAUUCAACCCUCUUCAGGCCUCCACUCCCUUUGCACAAGCUGCACUCUGUGCAGAGACUCGGCUUUGGAACAAGCAACAAAAUUUUUGUGGAGUUUGAUUCGCCGUGGUGGGAUCCUGACUGUGAAGUGAUAUACCUGGUGUGGGAAGAUGAGGAGCUUGUGGUGGAUGAAGUGCCAGAUAUACACAGAUCCUGGAUAAAGAAGAUGUUUGGCUUCAAUGUGCUCAAACCUACCAAAAGGUAUGGCCAUGUUCUUUGUGGCUGGAUAACUGGACAUGAGGCAGAGUACAUGGAGACGCUGUCUGAGCAGGAGGUCACGCACGCCGUCACGCAGCUCAUCCGCCAAUUCACAGGGAACCCUGUCAUCACGCCGAGGAGAGUCCUGUGCUCACAGUGGUUUCAUGACCCCUGGACAUGUGGCUCUUACACAUAUCCUGCAAAAUUUUGUUCAGUGCAGGACUUUAACAACCUUGGGGAACCCUUGCCUACAACAGGAGAACAGUCUCAGCCCUUUCAGGUCUUGUUUGCUGGAGAAAGUACUCAUCCCUACUUCUACUCCACCGUCCAUGGAGCUCUUUUCUCCGGCUGGAGAGAGGCUGAAAGACUCAUCUCUCACUACUCCAUCAUUAGUCCAUCUGAGCCACUCAAAUCCAAGCUCUAAGAAAAAGAAAUGCCAUGUUGAUCAUUUGAGAGGAGUUGUCAGAGUCGGAAAUCUCCAACUUUUUAAAAUAUGAGCUUAAUAAACUUUAAUAUGAGUUAAUUGAAAUAGCAUUCAAGUCAUAGCAAAGAUGGCAGGGUUGUUUUGGUGACUCUUGGUGGAAGUCUGCUGCUUCUCAGAAUUUUCAACAAAACAAUUCUUACGGUUCAGAUGUAUCAAAAGUGAUAUGACCGUGGA